GCUGAAAGCGGAAGUGACACCGACAGCGGGACAAGCGAGUGGAAGUUGGACUUGUUUGCCGGUUUAAAAAGUCUUCGCUGUUCUUUUCGGUGAAGUCACAAGACGCAGUUAUGACUUCAUGCGUGCUCAACUCCAUUUAGCGCCACAAGGGGGAGACAAAACUAAUAAUAAGCUCAAGCAAAGCAACAUGGCGAACGGACGCGUCGAAAUCUACGACCCCUUCGCUAACCACAAUGACCUCAGCGGGGUGACCCCAGAAGCAGACAACCUCCAACACAUGCUGGAGUUCCGCCUCCUGAUGGCGUACACCAAGAGGAGACGGCGGCGGGAGAAGAAGAGCCAGUUGCCCGUCGAGGAGGGCGGAACGGGCUCGGCGCAGAUCGUACUGGCCGAGAGCCACAAAGAAAAAACCAAGAAGAAGAAAAAGUGGAAACGUCUACCGAGCAUUUUCAGAUGCAUCAAACCCGAGAUGGACAAUAGUCACAAAGAGCCCGAGGGACAAAAUGAUGUCGUCAACCCCUCGGGAGAUUUUGGAAGCGUUUUUCCAGUGGGCCUGAACGAGUCGCAGGAGAUGGACGAGUUGGCGAGCAGGCUGACCGAGCUCGCCGACGACAUCCCCUUCGCACUGCCGGAGGUGGAGGCCGAUUCUCUCGACGAUGUGGACGACAACGUGGAGAAACUGAUUGGUCUGCUGCUGAGGGAGUGCGGAGACCGUUUUGAUGAGGAGGUGACAAAAGACUUGAAGGAAGCCUUAGGGUCCACGCAGCUUUUCUGGAACUACGGCUUCUUCGAGAGGUUGAUGCAGACGCUGCUGAUGAGGAUGGGUCUCUUCAACGCCGACCCCGACGCGCCGGUCCCGCAAACGUCGCCCAAGACUCAAAUCGCCGUGGCCUGCGAGGUGACGAGCCGCCUGUCCACCGCCGACACGCUGCCCGCGAACCGCCUGCUGGGCUACGGUGCCACCUACCUGCAGAAUCACUUCUCCUCCUGGGCCAAGCAGCAGGGCGGUUACGAGGCGGCGUUUAAUGACGACGACGACGACGUUCAGUGAUGGCUGAAAUUUUGCCCUCAGGAGCUUCCUGAUUUGGCGCAGUUAGCGCGUCACCAUUUUGCUCGUACUCGAUAUCGAGUACAGUGUUAACUUGGAUACUUUUCAGCGAUUCUUGUCUUGUUUGGAUGGGAACUUUGCACUGCUUAAAGUUACAUCUAACAUCCACAGCUCAGAAAAAGUUGAGGAUUGCUUUUGGGUGAAAUAUCUGUGAACCCAAAAUAUCCCUAACUUUUUGUGAGUCGGGUAUGUUUUUGGGCACACCGGUGAUAGAAGGAGAAAAUAUAAUUUAUUUCUCAGCAUGGUGACUUUUUCUUCAAUGAUUGUAUUUUCAGAGGAGAGUGUGUCAGGUAUGCAAUAUUGCUUUGCUGUUAGCUUGUCAUAAUACAUAAUAAAUGUACAGGGAGGAAUGAAAAAAUAAAAAUACACGAAUUGAACAUGUUUUCACA